CAAACCUCGAAAAACACAAGACUGCCCUACCGCUACCAUCAAGGCACAGCCGGUCGGAGAUGGCCCAUGCUAAUGGAAAUCGUGAAGGAUCUGCCACAUUCUGCCACAUCUUGGCCGUUCCUUACCCCGCCCGAGGCCACAUCAACCCCAUGAUGAACCUUUGCAGGUCACUGGUAUCCAAAAAACCCGACAUCCUCGUCACCUUCGUUGUAACCGAGGAGUGGUUUGGGUUGAUCGGCUCCGACCAGAAACCUGACAACAUCCGCUUUGGCACAAUCCCCAAUGACCUCACCUCCGAGCUGGCCCGUUCCGGAGACUACUCUCCAGACUUCUUAGAAGAGGUUCUAAGGAAGAUGGAGGCCCCCGUGGACUGUUUAAUUGAUCAGCUCCACCCUCUGGUUAGCACCAUCAUAUAUGAUUCUUAUCUGGUAUUUGGUGUUCGGAUUGGGAACCGGAGGAAUAUUCCGGCGGCCUCAUUUUGGACCAUGCCAGCGUUGGUCUAUUCCGUGUUCGAUCAUCUUGAUCUUCUAGUCCAGCAUCACCAUUUCCCCAUUACUUUGAAAGAACAAGGAGAAGAGAGAAUAGAUUAUAUCCCUGGAGUUUCUUCAAUUCGAAUCGCCGAUCUUCCAACUUGCCUGUACGGGAAAGGCCUCAGUGUCCUCAACCGUGGGCUGGAAGCCGUUUCGUGCGUCUCCAAAGCGCAGUAUCUUCUUCUCGUUUCAGUCUACGAACUUGAAUCUGAAAUCAUUGAUGCUUUAAGGGGAAAAUUGUCCAUUCCAAUUUACCACAUUGGCUUUCCGAUUCCUUACUUCAAGCAGCUGGAAGACUACAAUAUUCCCUCUGCAACUAAUGAUCACUUGCAAUGGCUGGAUUCGCAACCAAAAGGUUCUGUCUUGUAUGUUUCACAAGGAAGUUUGCAUUCUGCUUCAAAGGCCCAGUUGGAAGAAAUUGAGGCGGGACUGAGGCUCAGCAGAGUCCGGUACUUCUGGGUGGCGCGUAAGGAGGCUUCUCGGUUCAAAGACAGUUGUGGUGAAAAGGGAUUAGUGGUGCCCUGGUGUGACCAAUUGAGGGUUCUCUGCCACCCUUCCAUCGGUGGAUUUUGGUCACAUUGCGGGUGGAAUUCGACGUCAGAAGCCAUUUUUUGCGGAGUUCCCAUGCUUACUUUUCCGAUUUACUGGGAUCAGACUUCGAACAGUAAACAGAUCGUGGAAGAUUGGGAGAUUGGGUGGAGGGCGAAUGGCAAGAUGGGAGAAGAUGGGUUGAUACCAAGAGAAGAAAUUGCGGAGCUGAUACAAAAGUUCAUGGAUUCGGAGAAAGAAGAGGUGAAAGAAUUGAGGAGAAGGGCAAAGGAACUUAGUAAAAUCUGCAGAGGAACAAUUGAGAAUGGUGGAUCCUCAGAAACUGAUCUUGAAGCCUUCCUUAAUGACAUCUUCCAAUCGCAAAGAAAUUAAAAUAUUGUUCCUUGUGCCCUGAGGUUUGAUGUUCCUUAGGUGUCUUUUUAAGUGAGUUAAAAAAAAUCUAUAUUGUGCGACUUGUGUUGUGCCUUCAAAUAACAGGGGAUGCUCAUCUUCACCUGCUGAAUUAUUAUCCUUU